AUGAUUUCGCUUUGGACAUCCGAAGAGACAUUGGGUUGUAACUAUAAGGUCUAUCAAAAACCAUACUACUCAUACCAUACUCGAGAAGCAUACUUCAAUCAGAUGGAUCUGUUCUGGGGUAUUGCUGAGCAGAUCAAUACUGAUACCGUAGCCCUACAACCGUAUCAUGACUUCGCACAAAGCAUUGUCAUGCAUCUGACAAAUUUCCGUCUCGAAACGUCACCGGAGCGAGUCUCGACCGCGCUCACUGUCAGAGCGAUCAGGGACAAUAAGCCGGUUACGGUAGGUGUCGAAGACAGCUUAGAGCAGGGGGAGGGCAGUCGAAAAUGA